GUGCUACUGCUGUUGACUUCUUUGUGUGGUGAAGUGGGUGUGACACAUGAUCGGAAGCUUGUCCACGUGCCCAGGACAUCGUGCUCCUCCCCCCCUGCUUAUGAUACAUCGAACGGGGAGGAAGAGUAGACCGGAGGACCUUCAGAACCAUUUCAGCUUCCAUCCAAGAUUUAGAAGAAAAAUGAGCGGCUUUUUUCAGUUGCUGAGAAAGAAGAAAGAACUCAUCCCUCUGAUAGGGUUUGUGGGCAUCGCGGCCGCUGGAGCUGUCUCUGCCUCCAUUUAUUUCUUGCUGACGAAACCCGAUGUGAUCCUGAACAAGACCACAAACCCGGAGCCCUGGGAGAACCUGGAUCCAUCAAAGCCCCAGAAGCUUCUUACUGUUAACCAGCAUUGGAAGCCGGUGGAGGAGCUCCAGAUGGUGAAGAAUAUGACCAAAUGAGCCUUCCUCCCUCCCUCCCUCCCUCCCUCCCCAUGAACCCUUUCCCUGAGUUUUCUGGGACCCCACAUCCCUGUUCUGCUGCACACCCCCAUUAGUCUAACGGAAUCACUUCUGCACAGACUGGGCUCUCAAACUCUCAGUGUGCGGAAAUGCUUCUGCUGCGCUGGUGGGGUCUGAGCACGUGCUCUUCCGCCAUGUGAGCUUUCUGGGAUGGGGUGGAAUUGUUUGCAAACUCGUCCUAAAGAGCAUCCUGGGAGCAGUGGGUCUCGAGUUAUGAUGGCAACUGUUCUGCACAGUUGAAGCAGUUCAUUGAGUCGGUGAACACAUUGGUGCGGGAAAAAAUGUAAAUGAAUAAAUAAAUAAAUCCUUGUUCUGAGAAA